UCUCCACCAAUAAGAAUGGGGGACGGAGGGCCCUGAGCCAAUAGCUUCGUCCCAGGGCGAGCGGCGAGCCAAUGGAAGGGCUGGGGAGGAGGGGCGCGCCGCUGGCUGAUUGAUCCCAGCUUUGGCGUUGUUCAGUCAGAGCGAGAACAUUCUAGAGGUUGUCCGGCACUGCUGUCCCUGCUGAUAACGCCCGUCACAGGACGCCCGGACCCGGAGGCUGCGGCGUCCGCCUCCGCCUCCUCCCCCGCCGGAUAUAAGCGCCGCACGGCCUUGUUCUCCUCGCACACUCGGCUUCAUCGCAGCCCAGGGCGAGCAGCGUUGGGUUUAUGUCUUUAUUGGACGAAAACGAGCUGUUGCGCAGCCACUGGUACCUGUAUUGGGGAAACAUAGCGUACAAGCAAGAACCUUACAGCCUCAGUGGCGAAAAUUUUUUCAUGUCAGAGACCGAGAACUCUUGCAGUCGUUUAUGUCAUCCCGUCUUCUCCAGACAGAAGAUACCAAAAAACUGCAAUCAAAGAUCUCUUCAUCUUAUUGAUAAAGCUACUAAUAAGGCAAAAUGUCUGUCAACGUCAACCGCAGUGUUUCAGAUCAGUUCUAUCGCUACAAAAUGCCCCGUCUGAUUGCCAAGGUUGAGGGCAAAGGAAAUGGAAUAAAGACGGUUAUAGUCAACAUGGUUGACGUUGCAAAGGCGCUUAAUCGGCCUCCAACGUAUCCUACCAAAUUUUUUGGUUGUGAGCUGGGAGCACAGACCCAGUUUGAUGUUAAGAAUGACCGUUACAUUGUCAAUGGAUCUCAUGAGGCGAAUAAGCUGCAAGACAUGUUGGAUGGAUUCAUUAAAAAAUUUGUUCUCUGUCCUGAGUGUGAGAAUCCUGAAACUGAUCUGCAUGUCAAUCCUAAGAAACAAACUAUAGGUAACUCUUGCAAAGCCUGUGGCUAUCGAGGCAUGCUUGACACAAACCAUAAACUCUGCACGUUCAUUCUCAAAAACCCACCUGAAAGUGGUGACACUGGUACAGGGAAGAAGGAAAAGGAGAAGAAAAAUAGAAAAGGCAAGGACAAAGAAAAUGGUUCUGUGUCCAGCAAUGAGACACCUCCACCUCCUCCACCAGAGGAGAUUACUCCUCCACAGGUUGUGGAGGAGGAGGAUGAUGAUGACUGGGGUGAAGACACAACAGAAGAAGCCCAGAGGCGUAGAAUGGAUGAAAUCAGUGACCAUGCAAAGAACCUCACACUUAGUGAAGACUUGGAACGAACAGUGGAAGAGAGAGUCAACAUAUUAUUUGAUUUUGUGAAGAAAAAGAAGGAAGAAGGUGUCAUUGAUUCUUCUGACAAGGACAUUGUAGCAGAAGCAGAGAGACUGGAUGUCAAGGCUAUGGGCCCUCUGGUUCUGACUGAAGUCCUUUUUGACGAAAAGAUUCGCGAGCAGAUUAGGAAAUACAGGCGUCACUUCCUUCGUUUCUGCCACAAUAACAAGAAAGCUCAGAGGUACCUUCUCCAUGGCUUCGAGUGUGUGGUGGCCAUGCAUCAGUCUCAGCUUAUUUCUAAAAUACCACAUAUUUUGAAGGAGAUGUAUGAUGCAGAUCUUCUAGAAGAAGAAGUCAUCCUUGGCUGGGCAGAAAAGGCCUCAAAGAAAUACGUUUCAAAGGAGCUUGCCAAAGAAAUCCGUGUCAAAGCAGAACCGUUUAUUAAAUGGCUAAAGGAAGCUGAAGAAGAAUCUUCUGGAAAUGAAGAAGAGGAUGAAGAUGAAAACAUAGAGGUGGUAUACUCUACAACUGCCAGUGUACCUAAAGUUGAAACUGUGAAGCCUGCAAACAAUAAAGAUGAUGAUAUUGAUAUUGAUGCCAUUUAAAGUGAUGCAACGUAGCUUCCAGCAUAGUCGAACUUCUCUGCGUUUUCUGCCAGAAGCGUGACUUGUAUGUGCACAAACUGAAAUGGCUUAACAUCCUACUACUCUUUGUACUCUAAAAUGUAUCUUUUUACUGUGACUGGUCUUGUGUAACUAAGCCUAAUACCAAGGAGUCAGCACAUCAAUGAACUGAUCUAGUUUGCGAAUGGCAUGUUCUGUUUUGUUUUUCUAACUUGUGUUGGACACGUAUUUGGAGCACAUUUAUACAGUUAUGGAAAUAAAGGAUUUGGUUUUGGUCAAUCUUCA